CCCGCCCUUCAUCAUCGUCUUUUCCCAUCGUCAAACUUCGUCGACGUUCGACAUUUGCGAAGUAUUCUGCGUGAGUGUUUUUCGCCGUGAGCUGUUUUAGGUCUUCUGUUGAGUGACAGGCCUUUGUGUGACGCUUGCGUUGAGCUCCAUCUCAUCUUGUUCGAUAGAGAAUCGUGGUAGAUAUUGUGGUUUCAAGCGAGAGGGUUAGGUUGUCCAGAAACUGAGAACGUCUGGUCGGAAAAGUGUUGGGGGGUUGUUCAGAGAGGGUGUAUUAACCAUGGCUGACAUAUCGAAUCCUCGGCCGAUGGUGAAUUCGAAGUUGUUGAAGAAUUACAUGGGAAGGAGAGUGACGACAGUGGUGAAAGUCGCGAGGACGGAGGGAGGAAAUGUGGUAGGAGAGUUGCCUGAUGGUGCUCCGAUCACGGUCAAGCAAGCGCCGCAGCACGUCGCUGCUCAAUCGCAGUUCAUGGAGGUGAUUGGAGUCGUCGAAGGUGACCGCUCCUUGCGAGCUGAGACUUGUACAAGCUUUGGUGAUAAUUUUGGCUGCGAAUUGUGUGCAGAUAUGUCUACAUACAACGACCUGUGUCAACUCGCUAACAUAGAGAACCGUGAGUGCUUCGUGUAGGCGCCACUCUUGCCUAGAAGUAUUCGUGCCUUACACAACUUAUCGCUCGGGUGGAUGACGAAAGAGAAAAACAAUAGACUUCCUUGUGGUUUUUGCAACUUCAUGGAUUCAGGAGCUCACGAAAUGCAAGGCCUUGUUUUGAAAAUCUGUGGAGGCAUCACAGAACGAACAGCUACGGAUUAGUUUGGUUUACAAUGUACUUUUUUCUAAAGUUGGAUUUAUUUUCAGGAAACGGUGAUUUCCUAAGUGGAUCUGGCAUGCAUUUGGAUAUGAUCUAUGUGCUUGUAAAUUUCGAGUUGCUUGCAUUUUAAGAGGAAGGGAUAUGUCUCUUUAUGUUGGAUUCAUUCAUAUCCCUUAUUAGUUCCA